AUGAGGAAGAGACCUAUUGGUUGCAAGUGGUGUAAAAAAAAGCCAGGAGUAACAGAAAAAGAAGAGGAAAAGUUCAAGACUCACCUAGUUGCAAAGGAGUAUUCACGUUGGAAGGGGAUUGAUUAUGAUGAGAUUUUCAGUCUAGUCGUUAGACACACUUCUAUCAUAGAAGUAUUGUCCCUAGUAGCUAGCAAGAAUAUGCAUUUAGAGCAUAUGGAUGUAAAAACAACUUUCCUCCAUGCUAAUAUAGAGGAGAAAAUCUACAUGGAGCGGCCAGAGGGAUUCAAUGAUACUGGACAUGGAAGACUUGUUUGCAAGUUGAAGAGGUCUUUGUAUGGCUUGAAGAUAUCUCCAAGGAAAUGCAUGAAGCAAGGUAUUCCAUCAGUUUUGGGGUAUAUUGAUUAUGACUAUGCAGGUGAUCUGGAUGAUAGGAGGUCUACAAUAAGCAUCAAGUACACCACUCAUACUGCUAUUGUUUCACUAUCUACCCAAGAUGGUGAUCUUCUGAACACUUUUUAUGUUUUUGAAUCAGCUACUAGCCCAUCGAGCAUGAGUGAGGAGCCUCAAGAAACUCCGAUCAAACUCUUUAAGCGCCUCGUUGAAUCGUAUGACGAUCCUAAUGUGAAUUCUCCUGCCUCGCUUGAAGAACUUUUGGUUUCAAAUUUCAGCGAGCUCUUUCAACAACUGAAGUCAAAGAUGGCUGACCUAAACCUCUUGGAAGUCGUAUGCGACAAUCCUCCUAUUUUUAGUGAACUACAAGAAUUAAUGUCGAAACUUAGUCAACCAUAG